AGAAAAGUGUUUGAAAAACACGGCAUACCGUUGUGCGCUUACAGCAACAUCAUUGCUAUAAAAUCGGUUGCUCUAACGAACGCAGUCAUUUAACGGAAUUCUUCUAUCAAAGUCGAAUAGAAACCUGAAGAAGAAUGAAGUAUCUAGUGAUUGUGUUCUUGAUAACCCUGCAAUUGCGCCAUGCCUGGUCUGCGAAACUGGAAUCAAAAGCAAAUCAAACGAAAUUGGGUCAACCGAGAAUUCGAGUGCAUAGAGUUUCCUAUCCUAUCAAUGAAGAGUCUUACGGAAAGAAUAUAAUGAACGAAGGAGCGAAACAACUGUUUCCUUUGGAAAAUAAGGCUUUGCUGACGUUUUCUGAGAAGCUGCAGUCUACUCUUCCUGAUUUGAGCGAUCUCAUUCAACGUGAGGCACAGUUGUUCAAGGAGUUAAACAUAAUUCUGAAAGAGCUGCCCCGAGAGGAGGCGACGAAAUUGAAGAACGUUGACUUCGCAGUGAACGAGAUGGAUAUCGCUACUUCAGCAUCUAUGAAAUCGAUGCUAAAGAAUACUAAUCGCUUGGAUAAUAACCUUCUGAAUUCCCCGGAAGAGCUGAGUGUUUAUCACCAAGAGCAGUCACGAUCUCCGAUUGAAUCGACGAACGAUCCGGAGCUGAAGGUAGUAAACAACAUUGCACAAUACUUGGACAAUGUAUUGAUGGAAAUUCGGAACCACAUAACUUACGUUCGUGCAGUGUUUGAGAAACUAUGCAGGAAACAUAAUUCGUUGACUCGGAAUGCAAACAUGGAGGCGAAUCAACCUAAGAAAGUCUCCAUACUCUAAAUUAUUAUUUUCUAUUCACUGAAAUAUUCAUAAAAAAUGUAUUACCGUAUUUAAGAUUUAUGUCUGUAAUUUUUAUUGUGAUUUAAUCUUGAAAUUUGCUAAAUAAAGAGUUGUGAAUUCAUUGUAAAAUUGAAUGAAAUUGCAUGAUGAAAUUGAUUAG